ACAACAUGUGCUUCUAAGUGCGCAAGAUUUGGGAUUAUCAAAUGUCCAGCAAAGUCGUUAAUCCGAAAACAAAAAGAAGUAGAUAUCCUCGAACAGUUGUCCAGAAGUUGAAGUCUGUCGGGCAAGCUAUUGAACCUAAUUUACCAGUAAAUGGUGUCUCGGGUGCUGAUAAACCAUCUUCAAACAAUGCAUACUGUCCUCAUUGGUCUCACGAUGACCUAAUUUCGGGUGUCAGAAAUGGAACACUUCUAUCAGGUAACCUUCGUAUCAAUCCGAAAAACUUCGAAGAUGGAUACGUAAAGCACCCGGCUGGUGAUGCUGAUGUAUAUAUCUCAACUUUAGCAUCCAGAAACCGAGCACUACCAAAUGAUAUCGUUGCUGUCAUGCUGGAACCAAAGCGCAACUGGAGGGUAUGUUCAAAUAAUCACAAUAUUUUCCGCACUUCGAUGAAUGAGUAUGUAAAAAUCCAGUAGUGCCUUCGAAAGCAAAGGAGCCUCCUUCGGCACACUGCCUUGACGUUUUGUCUUCUGAGUUUUGAAACUAGACUGCCGAAUAGCUUCGGAUUCUAAUUUCUUGCACUAUCCGUACAUUCACAACUAGAUCUUUUGAUAAAUGAUCUAAAAAUAUUGGUAUAAGAUUUUGUAGUAACUAUUUUGUUAAAAUAUACCCUACAUAUCACUGUUCGUUAAAUAAGUAGUUGCGUUAACGUUUGUUAGUACUAAGUGUUCCUGUUUGUGGUCAAACCAAAUCAAAGUUCCGUAUUGGGUACUUUACAGCGAUUCAGACCACUAGUUUUAUCGCUCUUUCGAGUUCGUAAUAAGACAUUUUUUCAUGCUUUUUCUCUGUAUAUACAAACUUUGUGUAUCCAGUUAUGUCCGCUAGUAUAUAAAUGAGUAAAUGCAAUGAUAAGCAAUCAAGAAUCUUAAUUUUAUCAUGGAAGUUGAAAUUGUAACCGGUAAGUAAGCUGGUCGUUUGUAGUACACAGUUACAAACAAUAUUAUCUCUAAAUCAUUGUUACAGUCCAGUGUAUUUUUUGUCUAUGCGCUUCCAACUCAACAGUAAACUAAUGGAAUUUGGGUUUUAAUUGAGACUAUAAACUGAUCAAUGUUAGACCAUCAUUGAAAACCUUGAAUCACUGGUUUAGAGGUUAUGCAUUCACGUGCGAGUCCGAAGGUCCUGAGUUCGAGUCCCGCGUGCGGUACUGUGGAUGCGCACCGCUGAGGAGUCUCAUACCAGCCAACCAGUGCUUGCAGUUUUUCAGUGGUGGUCUAACUUUGAUCGGUUCGUGAUUUCAAUUAAAACUCAACAAUCUCUACAAUCCUAUAUUGGUAAUGGAAUUUGGGUCUGUUAUGUGAGCGCCACGAAUUUAUAUCUGACGUAGGUUUGGAUCUACAUUUUGCGCUUUGGCUGAUUUAAUGUCUGCAUAAUUUUAAUUUUGUAGGUUUUGGAUUCUUAACUUUCAAAGAGUCAUUAACUUUUUUGCUUCAAGCUGUGAUUAAAAUAUGUAAGAAUUUUCGUAUUAAAACCUGUUAAACAUGCGCUUAUUCGAUUGAGUUAUCAUUCGUAAUUAAGUUAUGACCAAUCAUCGUUUUAUCUUUCUGGAUUCCUUAUCGCUCAGCAAUUUGUAGUUUCUGUAACUCAGUGAAGGUAAGAAAAUCAUUUCCAGGUGAAUAAAAGUUUGUCAUAGACAGAAAUAAUAACCGCUAGAUUAAUCUAGAAAUUCAUCAUCCAUUAUUACCUCGGUUAUUUUUUCCUACAUAUUUCUUACUGUCGUAUUCCCAAUGUUUGCUGGUUAAAUAUAGAUAUUUGUGCUUUUUUAGGUAUUUGAUUCUUUUAUCGAUGAAGCCACUAUGAGAGAAAUCGGGGAUUCAAAUCAGAAGAAGAAACUUAGAUAUGUUACUUUGGAACAGUUUCUUAAGAUUCAACCCAUGGGGUUAGAGCAUGUGGGUAAUCAUUUUCUCCUAUAUACCCGGUUCUCUCCCUUUCUACAUAACGAUAGACUAGUUAAUACAUCUGCGAAUCCACUCACGUAAAUUGAGAUAGGAUAUUUUAUUUUCCUUUUAGGAUCAACUGCAAGAUUCUUCUAAUACGAAACGGGCUCUAUGCGAACUAGAUAGAUCAAACGACUAGCACUCUACAAUACUUAAGUGUUACCAACCCAUACACAAAUAAGAGGGAAUACUUGUUAAGAAGAUUAGUCAAGACCCCAGAAGAAUUAGUUUACAUUCAAGUUAAUUUGAUUAUAUGCCUAUUAUAUUCUGUGAUUAUAAAUUACACCGUCAAAUUGAGUAAUCGUUACUUAGAUGCAAAAUCGCAGUUAAUUAGUUUAUACAAUGUAACUGUAGUAAUCAUCAAACACCUAGCUUCAUACUGAAUAACUUAAUAUAAAUUCAGUGCACUGAAAGUCAGUAAGUGUGAUUCACGUAAAUUAUUAUGCUAAUUGAUCUCUUCCUCAUUCGUUGUAUUUGCGAAUAUUACAUCCCCAACACACAAUUGUGUUUAAAAACAAAUCAAAAUCUAUCAGUUUUCCUGCUUGUGCUUAUUUGGUUACAACAUACUGAUGCCAUUAAAAUAAAGGUACUAAGACCUAUUACUGAAAAUCCCAUUCUCUUUUUAUGUGUUUUACUAUUUUUUGAAUACACUGGAUUCUGCAAUCCGCUAGUCAUUAUUUACGAAUAUGGUAUGGUUAACUGAGAAAUUCAUAUGUUCAGUGGGAAUAUUUUAAUGUCAGUAAAUGGUUGUUCUUACUGCCGCAUAAGCUUACAUCAUGUACUUUUCGUAGAGUUUAUGCAAGUCUAGGAAUUGGUUAUCGUAACUAGUGUUGUACUUUGAUAGUUGUCCGGCUUGGAGAGUAUAAUAAUUAGAAUGAACAGCGCCACCAUUGAAAAUUCGUCCUACAUUCUCAUUUUCGCAGUAACCUUAUCUUAUGAUUUCAUUUUAUGAAAAUAAAACCACAGACUAGUAAUAAGUAAGCGGAAGCUAUGAAUUAUGAAGGUAACAAAUUUAUGCUUUCAUGUGUUGAUGUAUAACUCUUUACCGUUCUCUUAUUUUAUUCACUAGAAAAGCUAUUCUGCAUAAAUAUGUUUAAAAAUUUGGUAAUUUACUAGAGUUAAUUAUCAUGUGUUUUAUGGGCCUAGCAAACGAUUAUUCCACACUUGACUGUUCCUUAAAGUAUUACUUUGUUUCUAAACCUUUAUUCACUUUUUACUUCAAGCUCAUAGGAAGUUGUCUUGCAGAAGAGAUAGCACAGGAUCUAGAUUCACCUUCAGAUCCUACUGAUUCCUCCUCAAGUGAGCAAGAUGUGCAAAGUCACAAAGCUUGGUGGGCGAUUAUACAAAGGACUGGCCAUGUUGUUGGAAUCCUUCAAUCGCUACAUUCCCGUGCUUUCAUAGGAAAUCUUCAAAUUCCUAGUAAUUUCCAAACUCCGAAAAAAGUAUCUCCGAAGGGUGAUCAGAAUAAUAACCAAUCAGAGGCUAUACGUACAGAUCCAGUUCUUUCUAAUUGGAAGAAUGCUGUGCUCAUACCUACGGAUACACGCCUACCACGAGUCUUCAUACCUCGUGAAGCUUGUCCGGAAGGAUUCCUGAAAAAUCCCGAAACCUACAAAAACGUUCGUUUCAUUGGUCGUAUCACUGAAUGGUUUGAUUCGAAUAUGUUCCCGAAAGGGGAGUUGUUACGAGAAUUGUCUUGUGACUCUUCCACUCUGAUUCAGGAUGAAACGGAUAGGAUUUUAGUUGGCGCAGGAUUUAUUUGGGGUGUGGAAGCAGCUUUCCAGUUUCCUGACAUUGUCACUGAAUCAGUUCGUAAGUCUGUUGAUGACGUGAAUGCUAUUCGUGAGAAGGAUUUUAUUUUCCGUAAAGAUUUUCGAAAAUAUUGUGUUUUUACGAUUGAUCCCAGUACCGCUAGAGAUCUUGAUGACGCUUUGCAUAUUAGACAGUUGGAACCGAGUGAAAUAGAAAAAUUAGAAUGCAGCGGUUAUCGAAACGCAUUUUACGAGGUUGGUGUACAUAUAGCUGAUGUUUCAUAUUUUGUGAAACCAGACAGUCCAGUUGAUAAGGAAGCGGCGUCCAGAGCAACUUCUAUAUAUCUAGUGCAACUGUGCGUGCCUAUGCUUCCACGUCUACUUUGUGAAGAACAAUGCAGUCUUAAUCCAGGAGAAGAUAAGUUAGCGUUUUCUGUGGUAUUCACUGUAACUGAGGAUGCCAAGAUUUUAACAACAUGGUUUGGUCGUACAUUUAUUCGUUCUUGUUGUAAACUCAGUUAUGAAGAUGCUCAGGAAUUUAUUGAUCACCCUGAUAGGGACUGGUCGUCCAAUGAAUUUGUCAAGGUAGAUCAACCAUAUACCGUAAUGGAUAUUUGUAAAAAUGUCUUGAAGUUAAACGAUCUGGCUACUAAAAUGCGUAAAAGUCGUUUUCACUCUGGAGCGCUUCGCUUAGAUCAAGUAAAGUCUACCUUUUCUCUUAAUAACGAAAACGGACUACCAUUGGGUAUAGCCCCUUACAUUUCGAAGCAGAGUAAUUGGCUUAUUGAAGAAUGGAUGUUAGCAGCAAACAAGUCAGUUGCUGAACGCUUAGCUAAAUACUUACCCGACUCAGCUUUUUUGAGACGACAUCCACCACCAUCUGUAAAACAGCUGACCGAAGUUUCGUCUAGUCUAAAUGUUGCUGGGAUAAAUAUUAAUAUUGAUUCUGCCGGUUCAAUACAGGAUUCAAUUUGCCGUGAAGCAGGUUGUAAUGUCGAAGUUGGAUAUCACUACUCAGAUGCCCUUGUCAAAUUGUGUGAUGAUUUUAUGUCCAAUGUUUUGAUUCAUGAUGGCGAUUUAAUAGAAGAAAUGCAAAAAGUGGACCUCAACUCAGUUGUUCAAAAGGAGAAGUUACUACUCAAAACUCUUGAACAUGAAGCACGACUUCUUGUUACAGUUGCUUUAUUGACUAAAACAAUGAAUUUGGCUGUCUACUUCUGUUUAGGUCUACUACCAUCCGAGUUAUCGCCCUCACACUAUGCUUUAAAUAUGCAAUUGUACACACAUUUCACUUCUCCUAUUCGUCGUUACGCAGAUGUUAUUGUUCACCGGCAAUUGUCAGCUACUUUGGCGAAAGAAGAAAGUGAUCCUGAAAAAGCAGAUUGGUAUUUAAGUACAGCCUUUCCAAAAGAAAUGACGCCAGUCGAAUUGCAACAACAAGCUGAGGUUUGCAAUUCUAAAAAAUUGUCUGCCCGACUUGCUGGGGAAGAAAGUGCUGAAUUAUUCUUUGUUCUAUUUGUCAAGGAAACAGGUCCAUUUAACGAAGUAUGCGCUGUAACAUCUGUGCUCGAUCGUUCAUUUGACGUUCUUAUCCUUUCUUGUGGUCUCACUAAAAGAGUUUAUUUACAGAAUCUAAAUUUGAAAAGUUAUGAAUUUGUUCCUCCCAAAACCGGUAUGGGAAAAGUCGUGGAGAGUGGAAAACUCUGUCUUCUGUGGAAUAGUGAUUUAUUAGAAAAUUUCAAUAUAAAGGGUUCGGAUUCUGCAGAUUGUAUUCAAAAUAUUACUGUUGGUUCGAAAACUACAUUAUCAAGUUGUGGUUGCUUUUAUAUGGAAAUUAAAGUUUUUGAUGUUGUCCGGUGUCGCGUUUCAGUUGAUUCUUGCAGUUCAAUAGACGAUGCCAGUCAGUGUGGUCGUCAAAAUACCUUAUUGCCAAAAUUACUUGUUACACUACUACGGUCGACAUGUAAAGAAUGUCACGUUGUUUAAUUAACUAAAUAACUUUCAUUAAUGAAGAAUUGGACAAAUUGUACAAUGUUGUAAUAUAUGUAUAACUAAAUGCUACCUUUCUACAUUUGUGAAAAUAAUGUUUGUUUUUGUUUAUAGACAUCCUUUUGUUUACUACUAAGCUGUGAUGUUACGGUUAUACUAUUAGUAUAUUAUUAUUGUUAAAUAUAUUUUGUGGUUUAUAAGUUAGGUCCCUCAUCGACUUUGUAAAUUUGAAUUCUUGAAUGUUCUUCUAUUAAGAAGUAAAUAAGUAUAAAUAUGACAGGUUAGCUGGUUGAUAAAAUACUGUAGUGAAUAAUCGCUAGGUGAUUUCAAACUGAGUGCAGUGGGUUUGUAAAAAUGGCCAUACAUGUAGCAGUGGGACUAUCAAAGCUAUUAUCCCAUGCUUCAUAUGUCUCUCUGCAGCUGAUUAUUUUAAGGACUUUCAACCAGUAGUGCGCACUAUUAUAAAUACUUCAGCUAAACAGCCAAAGUGGCGUUACUAGAACUUGAGAAAUACGUGUGAUUCAUAGUUUAUUACUGACGUUUGUACUGGCUUGAGCAGUUUGGUAGUAAACUGUGAUCAGUUUAUAUAAGGUGUUUAGGUAGAUGCUUUCUGAAUUUAAAGUUUGUGUCUAGCUCUAAAACCAAAACAUGCUUAAAAUCAAUACUUAUAUGGCUAAAUCUUGUCUCCACAUGUGUCAAUGCGUAUUCAUUUCAGGUUCGAUGUUGACUAUCACUGAUAUUUAAGUGUAAACUGUGUAUGUUUUCACAACCGGGUUACUUUUUGAUGAACCAACUAUAAUUUGUUAUUAUAAAUCUCUGAUAAUUUUAUAUCAUGAUUUCCUUUACCUAUGCCUCGUUUGAAUAAAUCAAUAAGGUAUUCUGUGCUUAAUACUGAGGCUUCCCCUUUUUAAAUCUUAUUGAAUAAUAUUAGCUGUCAUCAGAGGUUGUGUAGGGGUUGGUACUAUGUCAAGCCCAUGUAAGUUAUUCUAACCUCUGGACAGACAAAUCUGCUCAUUCUUCUCAAGUCACAUUCUUACCUUGUUACUUAUUCGCUUAUUAACUUUGUUUUUAUUUGAGUGUAUGUGUGUUGAUUACUUACCCUACUCAUUAUGUGUCUAAACUAUUUUUGUUUGACUAUAAAUAUCGAGUCACGCUUUAUUAAAUCGAGUUGACUCACUCGCCUUAUCCACUGCGUGUCCUCACGUUGCGUUUCUCUUUCUCCGCUUCGUUUCUCUGAUCGUCUGUCUGGAUCAACGAUUGUAUAAAAUACACAUAUUCGAAAUCCAUUCUCGUAUUUGACUUGUUUAGUCCUAUUAUUCACCAACGUGAUUUAAGUCGAUAAAAUUAUACACGAGGGUAUUCCGGAUUUAUAUUUCGAUAGUAAUCAUUCAUCCGAUUUAAUUGGAAUCCGGUAAAGGGUUACUAAAUUUGUUGAUGUAAUGAUAGUGCAUAUGAUUCGUUAGAAUUGUCAUCAAAACUAAAAACGCCACAUGCCCUGGUACGGUCGAAAGUGGUAAGAACCAACUCUCCCUCUCAAAACGCUCUCACAUGACCACGCGUGUACAGCCACUGCCAGGGAAGUCCUACUCAUUGUCUUCUCGCGGCAGGGAUAUUGUUUACGAAGUCGAGAGGACGAAAAUCUAAUUUUCGGCGCUUUAACCGGGUUGGUGAAUGCGGAGGACCCAUCUAGCGGAGUUGGGAAAAAUCCUGAUUCCAAAUCAAUAGUUCAUAUAUGCUCCAGAAUCCUGUGGGCAUAAAUGGCAUAUGAACCUAUUGUUGGUCACCGGCUACUAUGGGACUGCAUCUCCUAACGUUGCUCCACUGCCUUAGACCUUUAGGUCAAUGGCUCGAAGAGUGGUCUCCUAAGAAAACCAUUUACUCCAGUUUGGGAGCCCGGACAGCAUCCCAGUUCUCACAGAAAUCAAGUGAUUUCUGAGGCUCAUAUCUAUUUGGUGCAUCCUUGUACCGAUGUUUAUGAGUUUAAAUAAAUAUUAAAAUGUCUUAUAUACGCGCGUAAAAGCGAAACUCGACGUAGCUAAUGCUGUAAUUUGUACUUUAGAAAUAUCUUGUAUUAUAUAGCACUGCAUAAGUUUUUAACACUACAUUGGUGAUCACUUUUGUUCAUUAUAGGUGUUCUGAAAAUUCUGAUUGUUGAAUAAAAUGUUGCUUAUGACUUGUAAUAAUUUUUUAUUCACAUUGGCUAUUCAGUUAUAAUAGUCAUCUGGUUAUUCUGAAUAUAUUAAACAUGGUUGUUUUUUGACAAUGUUAAUUUUGUCCGACGUUUGGACUGAGCAAAAACAACAACUUUUGUCAUUCAAAUUAUAAAUUUAUAUUCCUAUUCUUUCGCUUUCAUUUUCGAUGUACUUUAUACUCCUCAGAAUGACUUGAUAGUAUCAGUGUUAAUGCUCACUUUAUGAAAUAUAUACUUUUUUCAAGAUUCAAUUACUUUUUAUGUAACACAUUAUUUGACAUGUUGAUAUCUUUUUUAUUUAUGAUUGUAUUGAAUGGGUUGAUAUAAUACAUUUUUCGUAUUUUCGAAUGUUAUGAAAAUAUUUUUUAAUCAAGUAACUGUUCUUAUCUUAUGAUACUUUAAAAUAAGGUAGUACAAGUUGUGUGCUUCUUGAACACCAUUGUAAUUUUUUAGUUUGCAGCUUUGAUAUAUGUCUUUGACUAGCUUAACUCCAAAGGGUAUGAGUUUCUUCAGCCAUACUCUUGUUAUCUCUUAGCUACACUAACUGUUGUAGCGGUAAUUGCCCAUCAUAUUUAUGUAAGGUUAUUGCAUUAUUAUUCACAUCUAUCGAAAUAAUUGGAUUUUGAUAUAUCAAAUAUUAACCUAUUCAGUCUGUAGAACUGCUUAAAUUAAAUUAAUGUCAGGAAACUGCUUCGCAGUUUGUGGUCGUAAAACUUUGAAUGUAAAAUUACUGACGUGAUACUAAUGCGUAAGAAUGUUUGUACUCUUAAGUUGUGUUUAGGUAAUGAUAUACUCUGAACUCAUGCUUUUGGUAACAUCAGCAAAAGUCGGCUUUAAAUUGAUGCCAUAGACACCUAAACGUUUGGAAAUAAUUUAAUUGAUAUAGAAUAAAGUUUAUGAGAUAACUCAGAAAUACUUGUUUUGAAAACACAUCGUCUUUGCGUUGAAAGAAAUAGUGAGUUACGUAAACCGAUUGUAUAUGAAUGAGUAUUGAGUGGGUGAUUGUACUGAACCAUCGACCUGAGUAAUAUUUCGCCUUACCAUUAGGGUUUUUAAGUUAACAUUGUGCCACCAAUAUUUGAAUUGAUUGUAUUAGCUGAUAUUGGUGGUAACUGUGAUUUUAACCAAUCAAAAAUGAAAGUUUCGAGAAACAAGUAUUCAUUACCACAGACCUUUUCUAAGGGCUAAAUGUUAAUUAUGAUUUAAGUUAUAAUUAUUUGGUGAUUUGAAGACCAAAUUGAUGUAACAAACUCCCAGAGUAUUCGAAGUGUUCCACGUCUUGAAGUCAAAUCAAACUGUUAUAUUUGAAUUGUAUUGCACAUUUAUUCUAUGCUGUAGCUAGUAAAUACUAUAAAUAUGCAUAUUCUUGUAGUAAAUUUUUCUAAGUUUAGUUAUACUCUUACAUUGAUGUCAUUCUCAGCUUUCGUACCUUAAUAGUUUAUAGACAUACGUGGGAACAAGUUAAUAAUAUCUGUUAUAUUGAAUAGAUAGAAUGUGACUAGCGAUGGUGUCCAUGUCGCGCGUUUCGUCUGUAGUGGGUCCAGUGUGGUCUGCAGUGGUCGCACACUGCCGAGGAAUUCCAUACUACGCUGAGACACCUGUACAGUGCUUCCAGGUUUUAUAUAUUAUUCUAACUUGGAUCGGUUGAUAGUUCCAAUUAAGCUCAAAAAUUCAAUGAAUGGACCUAUAAAUGUUUAUUUUCUUUCCAUAGUUGUCAUUUUACACUAUUCGGUACACUAUCUAACUAACAAUAUGAAUCAAUUAUUUUAGAUACAAUUUUACGAUAAUGAUUCUGUAAUAUUGUCCUCACUUGGUCUUUCGUAACGCGAUGUGGCUGGGCGUUCAAAAUCCUUUGCGAUACCGCUGUAUAAAACCUAGUGGAUUUUCUUACCGGCCCUUCCAUAACAUCAAUAAUAAAGUCAGAAGGACUUCACCUAUUAUUGGUUAUCGGAGAUUUUUCAGCUCAUUGUCUAGUUCAUCCGUACCUCUUGGUGAUUCGAAUAGUCAGCACUCUCGUCAAACAAAAAAGAAAGUUGAUUUUAGCUGUGAAAAUAUUGAUGCACGUCUUGAGAAAGGUAGUUUAAUUCAGGCUAAAUUAUAUGAAAUAUCACGAGAAAAUUUUCAUGUGAUAAAUCCAUACGAUGGUAAACGUAUUCAAAUUUCUCAUGAAAAUUGUAACAAUGCACGUAAUGGAGAUAUUGUUUUGGUUGAAUUAUUGCCUAUUGGAAAAUGGAAAUUAACUGGUAUUGAAAAUUUAGAAUCUCCAGAAAAAGAUAUUUCAGAUAGUGAGAUGGUUAUUUCAGAUGUAAUUCAGUCUACGGAUGAAAGUUCUGUAUUGGAUUCAGCUGUUGGUUCUACUUCACUUGAAGCAGUUGUUGCUAGUGAAUCACCAAUAUUGGCAGACCAAACACCAUCUACAUCCAUAGAAUUUAAAAAAUCUUGGUUCUACUCUAUUAGUUAUGUGAUAGAAAACUCUCAAAAUAUUAGCGAUACUAAAUUAUUGGACACAAUUAAGAAUUUAGAUCUGUCUUGUAUACCAAGUGCAUUGUGUUCUUUGCCAAAUCCUAAUUUAGUUCGUACAGGUGUAGUUAGAAAAAUUUUGAAAUCAAAUCCAGCUAAUCAGAAAAUUUUGGGUUGUCUUGCUUUUUACCCAAGUAUUUUAAAUCGUAGUUCUGAAUUUUCACAAAAGCACGGAGAUUACUCGUGUGUUCUUCUCCCUUCUUCCAGUAAUCAUCCACUAGUUCACAUAGAUCCAUCUACUGUCCCUUCGGAUGCACUAAAGGAUCAUCAACUUGGAUUAAAAAGUAGUUAUGUGUGUCGAAUUACAAAAUGGUUCGAAAACUCAAAAUAUCCUCUUGGGGUAAUUGAACAAAAUUUCGGAAAUUUGAAUGAACUGGAAAAAGCAACUGUAAAUAUUCUUUUAGAACAUGGAAUUACUGACGAUCAAUUCACACCAGAGGAUUUACAAGGUCUGCCGACUAGCCCACAAGAGUUUCAAAUACCCGAAACAGAGUAUAAAAGAAGGAAAGAUUUCCGUUCUCAUUGUAUUGUCACCAUUGAUCCAAAAGAUGCGAAAGAUUUCGAUGAUGCAUUACAUAUCACUCGAUUGAAAAAUGGCUUAUAUGAAGUUGGGAUCCACAUUGCAGAUGUAUCAUACUUUGUUUAUCCUAAUAGUCCAUUAGAUAAGAGAGCUGCAGAUAGGACUACUUCCGUUUAUCUGGUUCAGAAAGUCAUACCAAUGUUACCACCUAUCCUCUCACAACAUUUAUGUAGUCUUGUACCUAAUGAAGAUCGAUUGGCUUUUUCAAUUUUAUUAACAGUAAAAGAGAACGGUGAGAUUAUCAAUGAAUGGUUUGGUCGAAGUGUAAUUCGCUCACGUUGCCGCUUGACAUAUGACGAAGCCUGGAGCAUAAUCCAAACGACACAGUCAAAUCCAACCAUCGAAGAUAAAUCACGUUUAUUAGAAUUUUUGCCUAAGCCUGAAGCUCCUUUCACGUUUCAAGAUCUUCAAAAUUGUCUGUCUUCUCUGCAUCUGAUAGCAACAAAUCUACGUAGUCAUCGAAUUGAAAAUGGCGCUAUAUCUUUCGACAAAUUAGAACUGAAUUUUAGUUUUCCAAAACCACUACCUGUAAUGGAGAAACGCACAAAUGAAUGUUCAACUACACUUUGGCCUCAGGGUUUCUCUGUGAAAGUACGUAAUCCUGCUCAUCAUUUAAUUGAAGAAUGGAUGAUUGUUGCUAAUCAAUCUGUUGCUCGAUUUUUAUUCGGAAACUUUAUUAAACGCCUUAAAGGUGUGCAACCUUUUGAAAUUACUGUUGAUACGGGCAAUAAUAAUCAGAAAUGGUUGGGUGCAACGCUACGAAAUCAUUCGAAACCGGAUAGAAAUAGAUUUAAUCAAUUGGUAAAAAUAGCAAAAUUAAACAACAUUGACUUCGAUUCCUCAAGUUCUCUUUCACUUUCCUGUUCUGUCAAAAAGUUGGCUCACAGUAUAGCUGAAAAAAACUCCUAUAACGAAUCGUUUCUCUUAAAUUUGAUGUCUUCUUUGUCAUAUAUGACCUAUAUCCGCCUAUCUGUCGCUCUAUACUUUAAUUUGGAUAGUAUGUAUAACAUACUUAGCAAACGUUAUGACGAAGAAAAAUUGUUAGAAAAUAUCUCAUACGAUGAUGAUUUUUUACGACUGCUGUCUUUUGAUCCUAAAUCAAUAUUAAAACGAAAUAAUAGAACUAUGCUAAAUUAUACAUGGCACUAUGGUCUCAGCAUACCAUUGUAUACACAUUUCACAUCACCUAUUAGACGAUACGCUGAUUUACUUGCUCAUCGUCAGAUGGCAAGAAUAUUGGAAUGUGAUAAUUCUGUUUAUCCAGAAUUGCAAGUAUCUUUUCAAAGCAAUAAUUCAAUACAAAAAGAUAUUAAGAAUUCUGAUAUAGAUUUACUGGUUGCUUGGUGUAAUGAUCGUCGACUAAAGGCUAAACGAGCUGGAGAAGCAAGCCAACGUUUGUUUUUUACAGCUUGUCUUAGAGAUUAUGGCCCGUUUUAUGAAAAUGGUACUGUGAUGGAUUUGUCCGCCAAUAAAAUCAGAAUUUUGAUCGCAUCUUAUGGCUUAACCAUCGAAACAGAAAUCAAAGAGUUUUUGAAAAAUGUCUUCAAGUGGCAACACAAUGCAACGGUCAAGGAAGAUGAUCCAGAUAAAGGACUAUCCAACAACGAUUUAAUUCCAGGAAAAACCAAUAUAAUAACUUUUACAUGGGAUAAUACAGAGGACCAAACUGUACAGAAUUCAAAACAAUCAGAAAUAUCCAUACUUUCGGUUCUACCUUGUCGUGUAUUUUGUCUUCAAAACACACUUAUCCCACUUGUUGAGUUGGUGACUUCGAAUCAUAUCUCUAACCAGAAUGUGUAGUAAAUGAUAUUGUUAUAUUACAAAAAGAACUAUGUACAGUGUAUAUUAUUGCUGAGAAAUCAAAA